AAAGCCGCCGCGGAGGGCGCUGGGGGCCGGUGGCGGCGGCGGCGGCGCCAAAGGCGGCAACGGGACGGCGGCGCGGGGUUGGCGCGCCCCGGAAUCCGGCCUCUGCACUUGAGGGGAAAUGAGCUCCGCCGACAAGGCCCGGGUGGGGCCCGCGGCCGACGGGCCUGCGCCGCCCGAGGAGGAGGAGGGCGAGGGGGGCGGCGAGGCGGGCGGGAAGGAGUCAGCGGCAGACGCGGCCCCCGGGCCCAGUGCCGCGUUCCGCUUCCUGGUAACUCGGCGGGAGCCGGCCGUGAAGCUGCAAUAUGCAGUGAGCGGCUUGGAGCCGCUGGCCUGGUCCGAGGACCAUCGCGUGUCCGUGUCCACGGCCCGUAGCAUCGCUGUGCUGGAGCUCAUCUGCGACGUGCACAAUCCAGGCCAGGACCUGGUUAUCCAUCGCACCUCGGUGCCCGCUCCUCUCAACAGCUGCCUUCUCAAAGUUGGCUCAAAAGCAGAAGUUGCUGAGUGUAAGGAGAAAUUUGCCACCUCGAAAGACCCCACAGUCAGUCAGACUUUCAUGUUGGAUAGGGUGUUCAACCCGGAGGGAAAGGCAUUGCCACCGAUGAGGGGAUUCAAGUAUACUAGCUGGUCGCCCAUGGGUUGCGAUGCAAAUGGCAGGUGCCUCUUGGCAGCACUGACCAUGGACAAUCGCCUGACCAUCCAGGCUAACCUCAACAGACUACAGUGGGUCCAGCUGGUUGAUCUGACUGAGAUUUAUGGAGAACGUCUUUACGAGACCAGUUACAGGCUCUCUAAAAAUGAGGCUCCAGAGGGGAACCUCGGGGACUUCGCGGAGUUCCAGAGGAGACACAGCAUGCAGACGCCGGUCAGGAUGGAGUGGUCGGGCAUCUGUACCACUCAGCAGGUCAAGCAUAACAACGAGUGCCGGGACGUGGGCAGUGUGCUCCUGGCGGUCCUCCUUGAGAACGGCAACAUUGCCGUGUGGCAGUUCCAGCUGCCCUUUGUAGGGAAGGAAUCCAUCUCUUCCUGCAACACGAUUGAGUCAGGAAUCAGCUCUCCUAGUGUUCUGUUUUGGUGGGAAUAUGAGCACAAUAAUCGGAAAAUGAGCGGCCUUAUUGUGGGGAGUGCUUUUGGACCUGUAAAAAUUCUUCCUGUCAAUCUCAAAGCAGUGAAAGGCUAUUUCACUUUAAGGCAGCCCGUUGUCUUGUGGAAAGAAAUGGACCAGUUGCCAGUGCACAGCAUUAAAUGUGUUCCGCUUUAUCACCCUUACCAGAAGUGUAGUUGUAGCUUAGUGGUGGCUGCAAGAGGAUCCUAUGUGUUUUGGUGUCUUCUUCUGAUCUCCAAAGCAGGUCUCAAUGUCCACAAUUCCCAUGUCACAGGCCUUCACUCACUGCCGAUUGUCUCCAUGACUGCAGACAAGCAGAAUGGAACAGUAUAUACUUGUUCCAGUGAUGGGAAGGUGAGGCAGCUGAUUCCCAUUUUCACUGAUGUCGCAUUAAAGUUUGAACACCAGUUAAUUAAACUCUCAGAUGUGUUUGGCUCAGUGAGGACACACGGGAUAGCAGUGAGCCCCUGCGGCGCAUAUCUGGCCGUCAUUACAACUGAGGGCAUGGUCAACGGCCUCCAUCCUGUGAACAAAAACCACCAGGUCCAAUUUGUUACUCUCAAAACCUUUGAAGAGGCAGCUGCUCAGCUCCUGGAAUCUUCAGUUCAAAAUCUCUUCAAGCAGGUAGAUUUAAUAGAUCUUGUACGCUGGAAGAUUUUAAAAGAUAAACAUAUCCCUCAAUUUUUACAAGAAGCUUUGGAAAAAAAGAUUGAAAGCAGCGGGGCCACCUAUUUUUGGCGUUUCAAACUUUUCCUCCUGAGGAUUUUAUAUCAGUCAAUGCAGAAAACCCCUUCAGAAGCAUUAUGGAAACCCACCCAUGAGGACUCCAAAAUCUUAUUAGUUGACUCCCCUGGAAUGGGCAAUGCCGAGGAAGAACAGCAAGAGGAAGGCACGUCUUCCAAACAGGCGAAUAGGCAGGGCCUGCAGGAGCGGAGCAGAGAGGGCGACCCGGAGGACCCCACCGACGAUUCCCUGACCCAGGCUGGAGAUGCCGGGGGCCGUGAGCCAAUGGAAGAGAAGCUCCUGGAGAUCCAAGGGAAAAUCGAAGCUGUGGAAAUGCAUUUGACCAGGGAGCACAUGAAGCGAGUCUUAGGGGAGGUGUACCUCCACACCUGGAUCACAGAGAACACUAGCAUCCCCACCAGGGGCCUCUGUAACUUCCUGAUGUCUGAUGAGGAGUAUGAUGACCGAACAGCACGGGUGCUGAUUGGACACAUCUCAAAGAAGAUGAACAAACAGACUUUCCCUGAGCACUGUAGUUUGUGUAAAGAGAUCUUGCCAUUCACAGAUCGCAAACAGGCCGUCUGCUCCAAUGGCCACAUUUGGCUCCGGUGCUUUUUAACCUACCAAUCCUGCCAGAGUUUGAUAUACAGAAGGUGUUUGCUCCACGACAGCAUCGCCCGCCAUCCAGCUCCUGAUGAUCCUGACUGGAUUAAGAGGUUACUGCAAAGCCCCUGCCCUUUCUGCGAUUCUCCUGUCUUCUGAACGUCAGUGGUGGGGAGCUAGAAAGGGCGCGUGCUCUGUUGCGGAAAUACCCUGUGGCCCGAAGACGUGGGAUGCACUGGCUAAGCCUGGCCUUCAAGUGGGAAGGCCCUCUUCAGGAGUGUAAAUAGGGCCCUGGGAACUCAUUUCUGAAGUACAGUCUCCAUCUCCAGGGACUAAAGGAGAUCUUUAAAACGACUGGGUGCAGAGACUGUAAGUCAUUUUGAGAGGAACACUAGCCCCCCACUCCUUACCCAGUGAGGAACACUUAUUUUUCAAGUGUUCUGACUGAAGCAACUUGAACAAAAAGAAUGCCCUAUCAUUUCUGGGAACAGAAUGAUCUCUUCUAGAGAGUUGGGCUAAGGGCCUUGCUGGACCGAGUUAGACUUUAAUGCUUGCCUUGAUCUGGAACUGCCUUGUGGCUCCCCAGAGUGUAAAUCACCUGUCACUGGUGUUCGGUGUGCCCCCAGACAUUCCGAGUGUAUAAAACAGCGCUUGGUCCUGAUACUUGGUUCUCCACGGAUAGCCCCAGAUCUGUAUCCCACGGAUUCUUAUUUCUCCUGCAUACUGAAAACAUGUUCGUAAAACUGUAUAUUUAAGAGGUUGAGGCCAAGACUGAAGUUGGUUUUAAUGUGUCAAAAGAUCAGGUGAUUCUCGUAAGUAAAUAACUGUGAGUUAUUUUUGAUGAGCUCCCACAUUAUCAGAUUUCCAGUCCUAACUCCUUAAUAUGUCCAGGAUGUCGGGGGUUCCCGUUCACCCGUGUCACCUCCCUGCUUCCGACUGACUGUCAUAGCCCAGAUGAGAUAUUUGUACAUAGAAGAAAAAGAAUAUUUUCUCCCUAAAACUUUUAGUGUUUUUAAUGUUGACAUGUCCAGACAUUUCAUUUGUAUCCUCUAUAAGAACGUGCAGUCCAUCUAGAGACUUCCAGAAAACUUACAGAAAGGGAUGGGCAGCCCAAGCACGUAGGUGCUUGUGGUCCGGUGCCACAGGUGUGUGUGGCUCCGUUGACGAGAGCCUGGGAAUUUCUCAGCAAGGGUCCUUGAUGUUUAUAGUACAGGAUUUUCCUGUGGGCUUUUAAGAGGAGAUGUUAGACAUUAAUUGGUCUUAAAAUCUAAAAUUAAAAAUGGACAUUCAGGAAUUAUAGUGUUCUUGGAUUGCGAAAAUAAGUGUCCUAGGGAUUGGUGCUAUUCAACAGGACUGUGCUGCAUACUUCUGGGAAGUAGGAUGGGAAGUAUAAAAUGUGAAAUUCUCACUCCUGUUACAUGCUGUCUGUUUUGCCUUUAUUCCAACAUUUAUUCCUGCCUUUGUUGUGAUUUCUCAGUGAAAGACGUUUUGUCCUUGCUUUAGAAACAUUGGCUACGUGGACAAGACACUCAGACACAAGCACAGGCCGCUGUGUUCGCAGGUUCGCAGGCACCGGCGCUGAGAGCCCUUCAGAGGCGCCUCCGAACAGCCUGCCCUGAAAUGUCUUCUGUUUCCUAUUCAAAUUGUGUGUUGUCUUCUGUGUUUAAUUCUGUAUUUGUUGGAGUCUUCUGCUUAUCUUUCUCAUCUCGGUCAUUUCGAGAAUAGUGUUGACCCAGAUUCUAGGGCCCAGCACGUUAAAUUGAUUUUCAAGAAAGGGGCGGGCGGCAUUAGAAUCAUGAGCAGCACAGCUCCGAGGUUGUAUGGUUGCCCUUGCUCACAUCACAGGAACCACGACAGUAAACGUGGAGAUCAUGUCAAGGGUUUAUGACAGUUUCCUAAUCAUGGGAUGCUUAGUGUCACUUAUUCUUUGUUCCUAAUCAGGGUCAGUGUUUGAGUUGUUCUUAUUGGGGAAUUUUGUGCUGCUGCCAUUUAAAACUUACAUUAAGUUCUUAUUUAGAGCAGUUGUACAUUUUUGGGGAACUGUACCUCUUGGCAGUUAACUAAAUGGAUCUCCCGAAUUAUUUUGUAUGUCUCUGUAGGAAUAAACAUGGCAACUGUUUUACUAGAACAUGGCUUCUCUCUGCAUGGGGCUAGGCAUUCUUCAGACUCUGAAAUCCACCCAACACCUCAGCCUGAGUUUCUGUGCCCGCAGCGGGGAGGCCUCCCCCUUCUCCCGCCCGCCCUCCUCGUGCAUGGCAACAUCGUACACACAGCCGGCUUCUGAUUUCACUAAGGGGCCGUGCACCUGAUGACGGAGUGCUAGUCAGUGGGACUUUGGGAAAGCAGGGGUGACACCUGGAAUCUUCCGGCUCGCUGCCUCUCCAGGCUUAAACUUGUCAUGCCCUCCACGCUUCCUAAAAUGUGCCUGAUCUGUUUCGUGGAUUUCAAGUUUAUCUCGGCUGUCACUGUAAGAACGGUUUCAGAGGCGGCAGAAAUGGUAGUGGCCGAGUUGCCGCACUGCCGUCGGGAGCAAAGACUGUAAGCAAUUAGACCUUUUCAGCUACAACACGGUUGCAUUCGGGGACUCUGAUAUCCACACCUGUAUCACACUUUCUCUGGGGUUAAUUUGUCCCCAUUACUCCAGAUAAGAAAUUGAUAGCUUGUUAUGCUUGAUAUGCAUUCUGAAAUCCUCAUUUGUCCACCACCCAGACUUCAAGCAGUCUCUACCUACUAUUACAUCUGCCAAAACUACCAAUUGUUUUUCAGUGUCAGGAGUUAUUAGAACCACUGGCAAAGCUUGUGGUUGAGUGUGACAUCUUUCUGCUUCUAAGAAGGUUUUGGGGAUGUUAAUGCGGAAGCAUGUGGGUUGGACCUAUUCGCGAGUGUCACAGGUUAAUUAGGUGAAAGGAACGUUAAAGGGUAAUAAAUAUAAAAAUAUUUUCUGUUGUAAUUACAACGCUAUCAGCUAAGAAGCAGAAGUUGGUGCUUAUUGGUGCUUGUUAAGAGGAACACAGUGCUGGUUUUACAAAAUACCUGCCCCCCUGGCGGCUAAACUGCUUCAGAGUUUGGUGAAUUACCGCAGCUCCUGGAAUGAAACCAAGAUUACCAUCCCAGGCCCUGUUCAGCCUGCUCGCUCCUGACCCCUCUGCUCUCUCUUGCUUUUCCUUCCUGGUGAGGUCCUCUUGAUUUCCCUUCCUCUUCUCUUCUCAGCUUCAGGACAUGUCCAGAGCUAGCAGAUUUCAUGUUUGAAAGAACAGAUCAGUGAUAAAAUUUCUAAAAAUUACAUCACACAGUAGGUCUCCCUAAAAGAAACGAUAGCACACAGUGAUUUUUCUCUCUAAUGGUAAGAGUGUUGGUUGUUAACUUGGUAAAUUAUAUCCAGUUUUCUUCAGAACUCUUAAUUAUUUCCCUGGCAGAGUGCUCAGUAACUCCUGGCUGGCCUUUGGGGCCAAAGUCUGCUAAAUUGUAGUUCCUCACCACUACCCGCCGCCCUCCCCAAGCCAACAAUGUCCCUGACAAGCAAAACUGCUGGUUAAGUCGGCCAGCCUGUUUUUUAAGGGAAAGGUAGAUCCUGCCCUUUUUGCUUUUUAGAGACAGGGCAGCAAAAACAGCCAAUGGCCAGAGGAAUCAAUGUCUUCAGUUAGCCCACCAUGGACUGUGGUGGGCCUCCGUGUGGCUCCCGUAGUAAUGGGUCAUGAAUAUCCUGUUAGGCUCAGACGCUUCCUUCCUGUGUGGGUGGAGUUGAACAGUUCAGGAAGACUACAGGGUGUCUGGAGAAUCGAACCUUUCCCCUCCAGGUUGUCUGUUUUAAAAAUGCCUCUAAAAUAUCUAACUGAAUUGUUUUCAUUUUCAUUAUCAGCACAAGUUAUCAGCAGCUUCAAGCAGAGUAAGGCUGGGUCUCAGAUCUCAUAGUAAACUUUGAACUACUCUUUCUUGAAGCUAAAAAAGGUUCUUGGAGUUAAGAUCUUCACAUCUAACAUGAUGUCUGCUAUUUAAAAUGAUUACAGAGCAGGUGAAAUCUGACUCUCCUUAAGUUGAAUUAGGUCCAAUUUGCAGAAUCUAGAGUUGCUUCUAAUGAUCUAAAGUACUGUAGCAUCACUAUCCUGAUGAAAAAGCAGGGUUUUUCAGAAGAUGGGAGCUCCUUUCGAAGGUGCUAAUAAAAAUCAGUAUCAGGACUUGAAGCCAGGCUGAGUCUGGUAGACGGGAUGCAGCCUCCCAUCUGCAUAUGUCCUUUGUUUUAGAACAGGGCUGUUUCUGAAAACUUGCCGGGGACACCAAUCAGUUUAAUGGGGGAAUGACUAUAAAAACAUCCUAUAAAGAAGUUAGUCUUUCUCCCCCAACCUCUUCAUCUGAUUAGGUGAUUCAGCUUUUUUUAUCUUGCAUUUUUUGAGUUAUAAUUAUACCGGGGGGGGGGGUCUUAAUAUAGUCUGAGGUCCUAGUCGGUGAGCUUAUUCAGAGCAAUAUUAUAUGAAUUUCCAACUUGGGGGUGCCAUUCAUUCCAGGCUUGGCAGGAGUUGAAAAAAAGGAAAGAUGUUGCUCUCCUGCCAGCAUAAAGGUGUAGGCUGUCCAGGUGAAAUGUUGUCAGUGGGUUGGGGAAGAUUUAAAUUGCAGAACUCUAAAUCUUGUUGAUUAGUCAAAAUUUGCUCACCUCACCAUCGUGAACUCCUGUUACUUGCAUAGAAAGACCCUGUCAGGUGGUCGGACUGGACCACAUAAGAGGUGGUGACGGCUUUGAGGCACUUCCUACUUUAUCCAUUUCACAUUUGCCGAACAGGUUGGUGGGGGUUAGGGCAGUUUGGUUUUGGUACGAAUGCAAAAUGAAAAGCAAAAAUGGAUUAUUAGGUCUUUUUCAAGACUUUGACGCCGAUUUGUACUUUUAUGAAAGGAACAUGAAUAUCAAACCUGUUUAUACAGAAAUAAGACUGUAUAGAAAACGAAGUGUGUUGUGUAUAGUGAUAUUUUAUGUUUACCCAAUGCCUGUGCUAAUCUUUGUGCUCAGCUUUGAAUUAUAUGUAUGUUUACAUAGGACAUUUUUUUUUUAAUAAAAAGAACGGGCGUCUAAAAACUUAAGGUAUAGAAAGGAGAUAGUUUCUUAAUUCUUGCCAUCUGAUUAGGUGGUGUGUUUUAGACUUUUGGUGUUUAAAUAAAACUUUUAAGAAUAAGAACACCUUUUGCUUGGAAGACCCCACCUCCAGUAAAGUUGGCUGCUUCUCUGCACUGUAUGUACAUAGUGCUCAUUAUUAGAUUGUAAGCUCCUCGAGGGCAGGAACUGUCUGCUUCAUCUUGGUAGCUCCUGCAGCACCUAAUGUAAAGUGCCUUGCAGAGAGUAGGUGCUCCCGAUUCAUAGAAUGAGUAACUUCCUGCCACCUUUAAGAUGGAGCAUGGCUCCCUUCUUCCAGCACAUUCAAAACCACAAAGACUAAGGACCUGCCCGAGGAGGGCCAGAUUCUGUCUUGGGUUUGAACGGAGUGUCCUGGGUUGAACCGGACCAUGCCAUAUCCUUAGCACUAUCUAGCCUUCUUUUCCUGAAGAUCCUGCUCUAGUGUCCUGAGCUUUUACUUAAUACUUAGGACAAAGGUUGCUGGAAAACGUUUGAAGUGGAGAUUAUAGAAAAAAUGAAAUGGAGAUUUUGGAGGGGGUGCGUGUGUCCGUACACGGCCCCGUGGGGCAAUCUUACUUGAGUUACCACUAAAGAAAAAGGUAACAGGUACUCAGUUUCUUUACCAGUUAGCUGGUUGGCCAAUUUUCCAGUUAAUGAAAGAUAACUGGUUUUUCGCUUUUCCCCAUUUUGGAUACCCCUCCAUGGCUCAUAUGGUUCUAGUGUUCAGAGUCCAAUCACGUUGCUGGGAUGGCCAGUGCCACACACAUGGCACCAUGUUCUGUAAACGUGGGGUAAUCUCGAAUGUUGGUCACUUUUUUAUUCAAAAUAAAUAACAAUUAUUUGUA